AUGAGAGACCUGUCUGCAGCUGUCGACGUGUACGGAGAAUGGGUAGACGCGGCUGAUGCUGUCGCCAAAGAAAAUACAGAAGGUGAUGCCAACCACGAAGGCGUCGCACAAUCAAAACAUCGCCCAGGCAGCGAUGCCCUUGGUGGCGGCGAUGACGAAAGACAUUCUGAGGAUGAAGGCACCAUUGCAGUCGACGAUGAGCACUGA